AUGGCUCUCCCUGAACGCCCCGCGCCUGUCUAUACGCCGCCACUAGGUCUUCGGGCUUACAUGGACGAUUUUCGCGAAUACAUCAACAGACGACGUAACCUUCAGAUGAAAACAUAUGAUGAUUUGCAUUCAUUUUCUAUAGGCGCCCAUGGCCCAACUAGAAAUCUGUUCUGGAUGGAUUUGUGGCGGGAUUUGGAUAUCAAAGCAUCCGUGCAACCCACCGUUGCCAUUGAUGAAACCAGAGGAAUUGCCACUUUUCCAGAGUUUUAUGAGGACGCGAGACUCAAUUUCGCCGAGAAUCUUUUGUGGCGAUGGGAUGGUGAAAAAACAGCGAUAAAAGUGCUGGCUGAAGAUAAUCUGCUUCAUGGACCAGAAAUUGUCUCCUGGGAUCAAUUGAGAGAUCUUGUGGGGAAAUUGGCGGAUGCACUGUCUGUUUCUGGGCUAUCAAAAGGCGGUGUGUUGGUUGUUAUAGGAGGGAAUAACAAGAUGUCGCUUGCCUUGAUGCUGGCUACUGCGAGUCUGGGGGGAGUGUUCUCGUCACUUGCAACGGACUUGGGCGAAGAAGCAUUACGAGACCGACUAUCUCAGCUGAAACCACAAUUUCUAUUCACAAAUGUUCAAUACAAAUAUAACGGCAAGACCCACAGCGUUAUACACAGAGUGAAAUCUGUAUGGAACAAAAUUACCAAAGCCGCCAACUCAGAACUUGUUAUCACAACGCCGAAUGGUGAUAAUAGUGAAGACUCAUCAACCCAACUCGAGGAUUUCCUCAAAAGAGGAAUAGGCAACCCUCUCAUAUUUUUACAGGUCCCUUUCAACACUCCGCUCAUUGUCAUGUUUUCGUCGGGGACAACCGGGGUUCCUAAGGCUAUUGUUCAUUCUCACGGGGGUGUCCUGAUCAACCUCAAAAAAGAAUAUAGACUUCAUUGCAAUUUUGAUGAUACUGAUGUCUAUUUCCACUAUACGGGCAUUGGUUGGGCGCUUUGGAAUAUUAUGCUGGGGGCGCUGUUCUGCGGAAGCACGGUCGUUCUCUACGAUGGGUCUCCUUUCUAUCCCAGUGCCGAAGGGUUUCUCCAAUGCAUUCUCUCUGCCGGGGUGACAGCAUUCGGCGCUGGCCCGAAGUAUUUCUCUGAGCUACGGCGCAUGAAUAUAAAUGCCAGAUCCAUGUCGGAUAACCGCUUGAAGAUGCUUCUUAGUACUGGUGCCAUCCUCACCCCGUCGCUGUCCUCAUGGAUGGCCGAGUCCUUCGGUCCUCUGUGCCAAGUCAGCUUCUCAGGUGGAACGGAGCUGUGUGGCUCAUUUGUCCAUGGCACUGUCAGCCUACCGACAAUCCCCGGGGAGAUCACGGUUAAAGCAUUAGGAAUAGCCGUCGAUGUGUAUUCGUCGUCAUCUGGCCGCUUACCAGCAGGAGAAAGUGGGGAGUUGGUUUGUACACAGCCGUUUCCUAACAUGCCGUUGCAUUUCUUGAAUGACCCUGGAAGACAAAGAUACCUAAACGCAUAUUUUUCCAAAAUCCCUUCGGUAUGGACUCAUGGUGAUCGUAUGUCCAUCUCCCCUCACACCGGAGGCAUAUACAUCCUCGGCCGCAGUGACAGUGUGCUCAAUCCCGCCGGCGUACGUUUCGGAAGCGGAGAAAUUUAUUCCAUUCUCGAAAAACACUUGGCUAGUGAUAUCGUAGACUCGAUUUGUGUUGGCCAGCAGCGAGCAGCGGAUGUGACGGAGAAGGUCAUCUUAUUUGUGAAGGUUCUAUCGGCAGGUUCAUCACCAAUCUCUGAUGACAAAUGGCUGGAACUGAAAAGGAAAAUACAGGAGUGUAUAGCCAGUGGCCUUUCACUUCGCCAUGUUCCAUCUGCCAUAUUUCGAGUAUCUAAUAUACCAUACAAUGUCAACGGGAAGAAGAUGGAGAUUCCACUAAAGGCUGUCGUGUCAGAGGGGAGGCAAGCCUUUGUGAAGAGGAAAUUCGCGGCUGAGGAGACAGCUGCUUUGCAGGAAUACGUCAAGUAUUACGAGUACUGGGAGGGAAAGGCAGAGAGAGACGACAAAUUGAUCAGGAGUAGUUUGUAG